AUGCAGGAAGAUCAGCGUAAUGACGCCUACAAAGGGAUUAAAUGGAAUGGAUGGGGAGAUAAACAUGUAGGAUUGAGGUACGAUGAUAAAGCAAACAUGGUUUUUCAUGUGAAUGGGAAGCCCAUGAAAGGUAUACUGGAUUUUGUACAGAAAGAAGUUUUUCACAAAACUGGGACAGCGGUGCUUGUGAAAGCGCCUGGUAUUACGGAAGAAGAGGCAAUUAAAGGUCUUCCACAGGCGUUUAUAAAUCAAGAUUUUCUCAGUGAACUGCGUCAAGUCUUAUUGGAGGAUCAGAUUCAUCUAGAUGGUCUCAGUCGUCUCACACACGUAUUCGGAAAAAACUAUCGAGAUCUUUGGCGCCUUCGAAACGGAAUGAUUGAUCGUGCACCUGACGCUAUUGUUCUUCCAAAUUGCCAUGAUGAUUGUGUGAAGAUUAUGGAAUUGGCCAAUAAGCAUAAUGUUGUUCUUAUUCCCUUUGGAGGUGGUACCAAUGUUACUGGUGGAGUAGAGCCAAGCCCAUUUGAAACAAAGCGUAUGGUUCUUUCUAUUGACAUGCGCCGAAUGGGAAGAAUGCUGCGUGUUGACAAAGAAUCCGGAUUUGCCGUUUUUGAGGCGGGUGCUUUGGGCCCAGACAUGGAUGAACAACUCCAUCCAUAUGGAUUUAUGGUUGGACACGACCCAGACAGCUAUGUACACUCUACACUUGGCGGAUGGAUUGGAGCUCGUGGUAGUGGUGCCAUGUCUAACAAAUACGGUGAUAUUGAAAAUAUGGUUCUUGCAAUGAAAGUGGUAACUCCAAUUGGUGUAGUGGAAACGCCUCUUACUUCAAGACCAUGCGGUGUAGAUCUUAAUGCCAUGUUCGUUGGUUCUGAAGGUGCAUUUGGUAUUAUUACGGAGGCCACUAUUAAGGUUGAACGUAUUCCUGAAGUGAGACAUUACGAAGGUUGGUUAUUUCCAUCCUUUGAAGUGGCCUUCUCAGCCUUCCAUACAUGUACACGAAAAGGAGUUCAUCCAUGCACAAUGCGUCUAUAUGAUGAGGAUGAUACCCGACUCAGUUUUGCUUCAAGCACGGAUAGUGGUUUGGUAAGCACACUCAUGAGCAAAGGUCUCAAAAAAUACCUUGAAAAGGUAAAGGGAUGGGAUAUCAAGAAAUUAUCUCUUGUUAUUGUAGGCUUCGAAGGUUCAAAAAAUCAAACAGGGUCUCAACGAAGUGAAUUAUCUGGUAUUUUUAAUUCUUUUGGUGCGGUCUGCCUUGGUGCAAAACCAGGGAAGUCUUGGCAAGAGAAGAAAUAUGAUUUACCGUAUUUUCGAGAUCUUGCACUAGCCCAUCGCCUAUGGGCGGAUGUAUUUGAGACAAGUGUCAUGUACACAGAUGCUAUUCGAUGCUGGAAAGCCGUGAAGAAUGCAUUCACAAGUGUGAUGAAGGAAAAUGGGAAGAAUGGCUGGAUAGGUUGCCAUACAGCACAUCAAUAUCGUUUUGGAUGUUGUCUAUAUUUUACAUUUAUGGGUGAACAACAAGAUGAGAACGAUAUAAAACUCUUUCUGGAAAUCAAAAAACGUGCUACAAAUGAGAUGCUUAAUCAUACCGGGAACUUAACUCACCACCAUGGAAUUGGGUAUGAACACGUUCCGUGGAUGCAACGUUAUAAUGGUAAAACAGGUCUGGAGGUGAUAAUGCAAUUUAAGAAGUUGCUCGAUUCCAAGAACAUCUGUAACCCUGGAAAAUUAGUUCCUUUUCCUAAGACUGAAAAAGAAACUGUCAAGGCAGCGGAGGCAAGACAGUUGCGUGAAAUGAUGUUUGAUAAGAUGGGCGUUCCUGGGGCUUUACAGGCUCAUUUGUAA